AUGCUUGACCAUUUUGUGCACGAGGGACCGAAUGGAUCACAUUUGUGCAUCGUUCAGGAAUUCCUUGGGCCCAGUAUGACCAUGAAAAUCGAAGGCAAUUCUGCCGCCUCCAAGUCGAGGGCCCGUCGAAUUGCCGGCCAACUUCUUCACGCUGUCGACUAUCUUCAUAAACGUGGAAUUGCACACGGCGACCUUCACACUGGCAAUAUUCUUCUCUGUAUCCCCGCCUCAUUCAGUAUCGAUUUUGGCACUCCAAUAAGAGAUACAUGCGGGUUACCUGCGAAGCCCUCUCCUCAUAGGCCCAAGUAUCUUGUCGGGCCCAUCAGUGAACGCGUCCCAAACAAAUUCAUUCGAUCCUGCAUGGCCAAGCCUCACAUCAAAGUUUGCGAUUUCAGCGAGUCGUACAUGACGGGCAUGACCGAGCCUCCACCACUUGCUUCCCCUCAUAUUCUCCGACCGCCAGAAGGAAUCCUCGGUGACUUACCCUACGCAACUCUACAAACGGACAUCUGGGGACUGGCGGUUGUAAUCUUCCAAAUUCUCACCAAUGGCGGUUCUCUGUUUUCUUCGCUUAAUGACGACUACACUCUGGAGACCAUUGUCUUGACGCUGGGCAAACUGCUAUGGCGCAGUUGGAGUAAUCGUGAAAAGUUUUUCGACGACGACGUAAAUCCAGUCCUCCAAGUCGACUCCUGGUUAGGGUUGAGUGGAAUCUCAUCCAAGACUUCCCUGAAGGAACGAAUUGAACUUUGGACAGACGUAAAGGAAGAGAUUCUAGCGUUAGAGGCGAUGUUGCGCUAUGAUGCGGAGAGCAGAUGCUCGUUGAGCGAUCUUAUUCAUUGCGACUGGAUGGUGGGUUACGGUCGCCGCCGUCGCGGGAGUUGGUAUCAAUUCGUGGCACUUGCGCUUUCCGCCAUCAUGAAUGGCGCCGAACACAGACAUAUCGUCCAGAGCAUCGUCCACUCCGCGGCUAGCGAUAAAUCUCAGCUCUUAAAAGAGCUCGGCCUGGAUGGCAUUCCUUCCCCAGAGGCCAUACACCGAGAAAUCGAGGGUAAACUCCUACUCCCAAAGACAUCUUUGCCUCGACACUGGCUUCCAACGUACCAACUACAUUGGAAACCGGAACUGUCCAUACCUUCUCUUCUCACCUACACACCAUCGCCUCCGCCGACCGGUGUUUCUUUUGUGAGGACUGGACUCAACGGACGCGUCACUGGCCAUGUAGAGGUACCUAAUGUACCCCCUUCAACGGGCCUGACUUCAACAUCAUUGGAUCGCGCACCCGGGCCAUCCAAAAACUUUGUUCGCGGGCGCUCAGGACACGUUCCAUUUUGGCCCGGUGGCCUUGAGGACGUAGUCGUGUCGGAAAGUACUGCAUCAAGUUCGAAAACAGGGCUGAAGACGAUUCCGCCGGGGUUCACUCGUGGUUUGCUCCUUCCUGACGAGGUUGACGAGAGCCUGCUUGAGUUGGGCGAUGGUGGUGAUUUCAGAGACGACGAGAUUGCUGCUGAGGCGGACGCAUUUUUCGACGAACAAUCUGAGCCGCCUCUAUCCAGUGCCGCAAACGAUAUCGACGACCUUCUGCCGACCACCCGUUCCCAUUUGAAACCAGUCAAGCCUUCACGACGAGCGCCAAAACGAAUCAUUCAAAAGCGCGACUGGGCCCAUGUUAUCGAUGUCAAUACACCACUGUCCAACUUCCACGAACUUGUCCCAGAAAUGGCUCAUAAGUAUCCCUUCGAGCUCGAUACGUUCCAAAAGCAAGCCGUUUACCAUUUGGAGAUGGGAGAUUCGGUUUUCGUCGCUGCACAUACGUCUGCUGGUAAAACGGUGGUAGCUGAAUAUGCGAUUUCAUUGGCAGAAAAGCAUAUGACACGCGCGAUAUAUACGUCUCCCAUCAAGGCACUGUCUAACCAGAAAUUCCGCGACUUCAAACAGACUUUCUCCUCCUCGUCGGUCGGUAUUCUUACUGGAGACGUGCAGAUUAACCCCGAAGCAAGUUGUUUAAUCAUGACAACGGAGAUUCUGAGAAGUAUGCUGUACAAAGGUGCAGACCUUAUUCGAGAUGUGGAAUUUGUUAUUUUCGACGAGGUCCACUACGUGAAUGAUGCUGAGCGAGGAGUUGUCUGGGAAGAGGUCAUCAUCAUGCUACCGGACCACGUCAACAUCAUCCUUCUCUCCGCUACAGUCCCAAAUACAAAAGAAUUUGCUGAUUGGGUUGGACGGACCAAGAAAAAGGAUAUUUACGUAAUCUCGACAGCCCAGCGGCCUGUGCCUCUCGAACAUUAUCUUUAUGCUGGCCGUGAAAUGUACAAGAUUGUGGACUCGAAACGAAACUUUGUUGCCCUUGGCUACAAGGAUGCAGGUGAAGCCCUACGUCGAAAACAAGACAAAGAACGUGAAGCUGCUGGCUUACCUCCUGUCCAGCGUGUCGGCGCCAGAGGCGCUCCCGCUGGUCAACGGGGGCAACAGCGUGGACGAGGCUCUGUAACUCCUGCACGUGGUGUGGCGCGUGGCGGUGCUCCUCCGCGAACGAUGCAUACCGGUGCAGACAAGAACCUUUAUGUGCAUCUUGUUGGUCAUCUGCGCAAGAAGGGAUUACUGCCUGUCGUCGUGUUUACGUUCUCCAAGAAGCGCUGUGAAGAAAACGCGGGCACCCUUUCUAACGUCGAUUUGACGAGCUCUGUUGAGAAAAGCGAAGUCCAUGUUGCUAUUGAGAAAGCCUUGUCUCGUUUAAAAGGCAGCGAUAAGAAACUCCCGCAGAUUGCUCGAAUGCGAGAUCUCCUUUCGCGUGGAAUCGGUGUUCAUCAUGGAGGUCUUCUCCCGCUUGUCAAGGAAGUGGUUGAAAUCCUGUUUGCUCGAGGUCUAGUCAAAAUCCUCUUCGCAACCGAAACCUUCGCUAUGGGUGUAAAUAUGCCUGCCAAAUGUGUCGUAUUCUCUGGAAUACGGAAACACGACGGACGUAGCUUUCGCGAUAUCUUACCUGGGGAAUAUACGCAAAUGGCCGGUCGCGCUGGACGUCGCGGACUUGAUGCGACAGGAACUGUGAUAAUUGUGGCCAACGACUCUCUGCCAGAGCAAACAACCCUUCAAACGAUGAUCCUGGGAAUACCGACCAAACUCUCUUCGCAGUUCAGGUUAACCUAUAACAUGAUCCUCAAUCUUCUGCGCGUCGAGGCGCUCAAAGUCGAGGAGAUGAUCAAACGCAGCUUCUCCGAAAAUGCCUCUCAGCGGCUGUUGCCCGAACAACAGAAACAAGUUCUCGAGAGUGAGAAGGUGCUGUCUUCGCUCGCGAAACUAAGCUGCGAUAUAUGCCAAUCCGACAUUGAAUCGUUUUACGAUGAUUCGCUUGCGAUCGUAUCGGCAAACCAACAGCUGUUCAGAAUGGCUGUCGGUCAUCCACAGGGUUCAAAACUCCUUUCUUCGGGACGCGUUAUUAUCCUGCGAGAUGCGCAUUUCAAAUCGAACAUUGCGGUCCUGUUGAAGCCUGCUCCUCUUGUUGCUUCAGAUUCGGGUCUCUUGGAAAAAAGUAAAACAUAUUUUGUGUUGGCGCUUGUCGAUCAAGAGACGAAGACCCGCAAGCGAGACAUGGACUUACAAGCUGUGACACCGAAAUGGCCACCCAGUCCAAACUCUCUGGUGGUGAAUGAUGCGGUCUAUGAGGUCACCGCUGUAUCACUCGCCAGCAUAGCUAUGAUCACUGGACGGACAGUUAAGAUCGAUGUGGAUGCUAUUGUGGACCGACAUCUAAUUUCACGCAUGCGGGAGGCUCUCGCGCUUCUGCAAGGUCUGGUUGACGAAUGGAACGCCAGCACUGUGAUUCCAGAAGUCGACUGGGCAAGGAUGCGGUCGCUUGAGUUUCAAGAAACGUUGCGUGCUCGAAACUCACGCGUCGAAAAGUUGUCGGGCCGCGAGUGUUUGCUGUGUGGUGAUUUUGAGAGACAUUAUGCGACUGUUCACGGGGAAAAAGUUCUCCGUGCCAACAUUGCGAAUCUGAAACUGGCCAUUUCUGACCAGAAUCUCGAGCUGAUUCCGGACUACGAGCAGCGGAUAGCGGUGUUACAGGAACUCAAGUUUAUCGACGAGAACUCGACGGUGCUUUUGAAAGGCCGCGUAGCGUGCGAGAUCAACUCGGUCAACGAACUCGUUCUGACCGAGCUCAUCCUCGAAAACACGCUUGCAAGCUAUGAGCCUGAGGAGGUGGUCGCGCUCCUUUCUUGUUUUGUCUUCCAGGAGAAAACCGAGGUAGAGCCUGUGAUACCGCCCAAACUCGAGACGGGCAGGGAGGCGAUUCUCGCCAUUAGCGACCGUGUGGGGCGGAUUCAGGACUUUCACAAAGUUGCGACAGAGGAUUUCCGUUCGAGUCUGAAGUUCGGACUAGUUGAGGUGGUAUAUGAGUGGGCAAAGGGAAUGCCGUUUGAACAGAUCACGGCGCUGACAGACAUUGCGGAAGGGACUAUAGUCCGGGUCAUAACGCGGUUGGACGAAACAUGUCGCGAAGUACGGGACGCCGCGCGGGUUAUUGGAGAUGCAGAGUUGUUCAAAAAGAUGGAGGAAGCUCAAAUUAAGAUUAAGCGAGACAUUGUGUUUGCAGCAAGCUUGUAUUUCUAG